AUAGCAAGAGGUCAAGACAGUAAACAUCAGUGUCUGGAAUCGCUGCAAUGUGAUUUACAUAGACGGUUUACGCCUUUCAGUAUUAGUGCUGGCACAAAUGAUGGCGAACAACCGUUUUGCAUCACCCAGUUGUCCAUUGUUACAUCAUUUAAACCACUUAUUAUUAAACAAUAUAAUAAUUUAGUGGCAGAGAGUGCAAAUUUAUAUUUCAACAGAUAUUGAAAAUUGACAAGAAAGUAAUAUUCGUGUUUCUCGUUUGUGUUGUUAUCAGACUUGAUUCUCGAUAAGCUGGGCCAUGCUGCUGGUAAUCUUAUCAUUGAGUGAUAAUAGUUAUAAGUGUCAGUGAGUUAUGAGCGCUGCGUACCGUUGGUACUUGUGCCACGACAGGUAACAGCUCCUGUGAUCAGUUGGCACGUCUCAUAAUAGUGUCUGCAUUUUUGAGUGACCAUGACGCAGAUACAUUUAUACUUAUUGUUGCUGGCACUUAUUGCAUUCCGUACCACGACAACGCAAAAUGAGGACGAUCUUCAAAUACCAGUAGAAAAUGAUAAUCAAUUUCCACCGGACAAUCUCCCUGAUGUCAUCGAAGGUAGCGGUGAAGGUGUUAUUGAGGAACCGGCUACUGGAACAACCCCAACGCCUCCAAUAGAACAUAUCGAAUCCAGAAUACUAUUAGAGGAAAAUGAUGAAGCACCUUCACAAGGUGAAGGAGAUGUUUGUCCAAAUCCUUGCGUUUGCCGCAUUGAAGGAACUACAAAUGAUUUUGUAAUAGAUUGUUCCGGAUACGGUUUAACAGAAUUCCCAUCGCCAUUGAAUGAAAAAGCUACUAUUUUAAAUAUACAGAACAAUAAAAUUACAGAAAUACCAAAAUCUAUAUCGACGCUGAAAAACUUAAAAGUUCUCAAGGCUAGUGACAACGCAAUAAUGGACUUAGUCCCUGGUUCAAUCAGUGAGCUUUCUGAAAUAUUGUCUUUGGAUCUCCAUAAUAAUAGACUAAUUGAAUACCCUAAUGACCUGAAGAACAGUUUUGCAUUACUGAAAUUGCAAGACUUGGAUUUAGGAGGCAACGACAUUCGCACGACGAUAGCUCCUGAUGUUUUCUCUAACUUCGAAUCAUUAACAGUAAUUACGUUGCCUUCCACUAUCCCCGAUUUGCAACAAGAUCUAUGUGAUUCACUUUCAAAAAGCUUAUUAAAAGUGUGUACUGAGUCUUGCGAAUAUGCCUCGUACAAUUGCAAAGAAGAAGCUGGUGAUGUUGACGAUUUACCAGUGUUACCAGGAAUGAUAAUUCCUGAUGAAAACGAUGACAGUGAACCGACAAUUGACACUCAAGAAAAACCAAAUAUCGUAGACAAUAAUUCACAAGAUACAGUUAGUGUCACUACUACGGCUGCCGCACCUAAAAUUUCCAGUGAAACUACAACCAACGGUGAAUUUUCUUUCCGGUCUGCUGUUGAUAAGCAACCUAAUAACGUAGCACCUUUCAAUUCCCUAGUAGAAAUCCCUGAAAAUGCGCCAAUUACAACGGAGGCUACAGUGAAACUUGGUGCGACAACAUCUGAUACUAAAACAGGGGGAGUAGAUAAAACCAUUAUUGGUUUAGUUGUAGUUGGUAUGGUAGUAAUAGUAGCUGUCAUAACAAUAAAGAAAAACUGGAGUUCGAUUAAAAAUAGAUUUUCAUCUAACUCUAACAGUAGGACACCGAACCAACCAGUUGGGGGGAAUGCUAAUGGUACAGCUCCGGAAGAGGUACCUUUACAAGAUAAGUCACCGGUCUAAAAAGAAAUUAUUGUUAUUAAAAACACUAAUAAAGAGUGUUCCGUUGCUGCUCAUUUUGGGUGAAUUCGAUCUGAAAAAUCGUUAUUUUGUUGACAUUUUUCAUUUGUUAUAAAACAUUCUAACAAUUUUAGUAUGGAUGGAUUUGAUGAUAUUAAAACCACUACUAUGCCCAGAUACCUGUUAUGUCACUAAAAUUGUUUUAGAAGAAGUACGGAGGUUCAACAAAAAUGUUUGUCUUCGAAAACAGCUUUAAUAAAUAGUUCAAAUGUCGUAGGCACAGAAUUUAAAAGAAAACUAUGUCAUUUCUAAAUUUAACAUAAUUUAUUUACAUUUUAGAUCUAUAUAAAACGUAUGAAAGUUGCUUUUUAUUUAUAUAAUUAAUUAAGUGAGUAUGCAGGCGACAUUGCAAUAGUGUUGAAUGCACAUAAAAUUUAGAUUUAUAAAACAUAAGAACAUAUUUAUUAAGUAAACCGAAAAGAAAACUUAUGUAAUUUAUUUAAUUUUUAUUUGUGACGUUCUUUUUCACUGCGAGUUUAAUUUAUCGAAGUUUAUACGAUAUUGAUGACAAGUAUGUUUUUGUAAUAAAGAAAUAAAACUAUGAAGUAACUUUGUAUAAAUAAUUGUGAUUUUUGUCAAAAUCAUUUAUGAUUAAAUAUGAAUGAUUGAUUUUAUUGUUUCUCGAAUUCGAGUUUUGUUUGCAACAUUUUAGAAUUUUAAAUAAUUAAUAAAGAUAAAUAACACGGACAUUUCUAAUUAUGGUCAAUUCAGUUAUGAAUUAUUUCUUCACAUUCUGUUGACGACCAGACCGACGCGGCAGCAAAUCUGCCUAAAUUAAAUAAUAUGUAAUACAUCCUUAAUUUUUAGCAUGCUUAUAUUUUUUUGCCACGGGCCUCCGCUAUGGAUGGAAUGAGGAGAUUGGACCAUGUAUGACCCUCUACGCGAGUCCUGUGCGGAUUGGUGGGUGCUUACGACUGCAGAUGCAGGCGGCUUAACUGAUGGACAUGGAGGAGCUCGAGAAAGUAAAUUUUUGAUCACUCAACCAAUGACCGACCAGUGCGAAAUUUGCGCUAAUUAACUUGCGCCAUCGAGCUCCUCUCAAAUAAAAUUAGUAUUAAGUAUUAAAAAUCGGUAAAAAGUUCAUGUUACUUAGACGCUUUUGAUGAGUAUAUUAGUACAACCUUUGCUUAGUUCGAGACGAAAUAGUCAAUAGUGUGAAAUAUUCAGAAUUCGUUCUCUGUCUAAAACUUUAAAUAGUCCCUACAGCGACUACUUAAAGUUUUAAACGAAUAAAGAAAGUGAAUAUAUCUUGUGUCUAUAUUGGAACAAUUUUAUAAAACGCGUUAAGGAAUAAAACAUGGAACUGUGAACGUGGCUUCUUUCACUAAUAUAAAGUAUUACCGUAUUUGUUAAUCAAGGAACAGAGAUUAUUGUGGUAAAAUUAUCUUUCAUGAUGGUGAAGACAAAGGAAAAAUGAUACACUAUAUCCAUACAGCCUCGUCUGCAGUUUUUUCAAUUAAUGAAUGAAAAAACUUAGUAAAUAUAAAAAUAUAAAUUUGACCGCUUCAUUUGUUUCUUUUAAAUGUUUAGUGUUUUGGAACUACAGAUUGAAUUAUAUA